GAUCGCGUCUUCAAAAUAGUGCUGGCCGGAGACGCAGCUGUCGGUAAGUCGAGUUUCAUAAUGAGGCUGUGCAAGAACAAAUUCGUCACCAACCUCAACUCUACUGUCGGUGUCGAUUUCCAAACGAAGACACUGAAAGUUGACGGUAAGAUAAUAGCGCUGCAACUCUGGGACACUGCUGGCCAGGAAAGAUUCAGAAGUAUUGCGAAGUCGUAUUUUCGGCGGGCAGAUGGUGUCUUGCUGCUGUACGAUGUCACGUACGAAAAAUCCUUCCUCAAUGUCAGGGACUGGAUUGAAAUUAUUAAAGAUGGAACUCAAAAGUACAUUCCCGUUAUGAUUGUCGGCAACAAGUGUGAUCUGAGAGAAGACAGAAGAAUAAAAGAUGUUUGUCUCAAGUAUGAAGAUGGUCACAAUCUCGCUUCUAAUGUUGACUGUUUGUUCGUGGAAACCAGUGCCAAAAGUGGCUCCAACAUUAACGAAGCCAUCAUCGAGCUCACGAGGUUUGCACAUCAUAUGUUAUUUUAA